AUGGCUGAGCAAUUGCGAUACGAUGGCCAGGUGGUCGUCGUCACCGGUGCAGGCGGUGGCCUGGGCAAGGUGUACGCCCUCUUCUUCGCCUCGCGGGGCGCCAGCGUCGUCGUCAACGACCUGGGCGGCUCCUUCAAGGGCGAGGGCAACUCGACAAAGGCCGCCGACGUGGUCGUCGACGAGAUCAAAAAGGCCGGCGGCAAGGCCGUCGCCAACUACGACAGCGUCGAGAACGGCGAACGCAUCAUCGAGACCGCCAUCAAGGCCUUUGGCCGCAUCGACAUCCUCCUCAACAACGCCGGCAUCCUCCGCGACGUCAGCUUUAAGAACAUGUCCGACCAGGACUGGGACCUCAUCAACCGCGUCCACGUCAAGGGCGCCUAUAAGUGCGCCCGCGCCGCCUGGCCGCACUUCCGCAAGCAAAAGUACGGUCGUGUCAUCAACACAGCCUCGGCUGCUGGCUUGUUUGGCAACUUUGGCCAGACCAACUACUCGUCCGCCAAGCUCGCCAUGGUCGGCUUCACAGAGACCCUCGCCAAGGAGGGCGUCAAGUACAACAUUAUCUGCAACGUUAUCGCACCCAUUGCCGCCAGCCGCAUGACCGAGACCGUCAUGCCCCCGGAUGUGCUCAACAACCUGCGCCCCGACUGGGUCGUGCCCCUCGUCGCUGUCCUUGUCCACAAGAACAACACCACCGAGACGGGCGGCAUCUUCGAGGUCGGCGCGGGCGCCAUGGCCAAGCUCCGCUGGGAGCGCUCGAGCGGUCUGCUCCUCAAGGCCGACGACUCGUACACCCCUGGCGCCGUCCUCAAGAAGUGGAACAAGGUCGUCGACUUUUCCAACCCCCAGUACCCCACAGGCCCCAACGACUUCAUGACCCUCCUCGAGGAGUCGAUGAAGAUGGGCCCCAACGAGCAGGGCGAGAAGCUCGACUUCUCCGGCAAGGUCGCGCUCAUCACGGGUGCCGGUGCGGGCAUCGGCCGCGCCUACGCGCUGGCGUUCGCCAAGCACGGCGCCUCCAUUGUCGUCAACGACCUCGCCAACCCCGACACCGUCGUCGAGGAGAUCAAGAAGCUCGGCGGCAAGGCGGUCGGUGUCAAGGCCUCGGCCGAGGACGGUGACACCGUCGUCAAGGCCGCCAUUGAUGCCUUUGGCCGCAUCGAUAUCCUCGUCAACAAUGCCGGCAUCCUGCGCGACAAGGCCUUCACCAACAUGGACGACAACCUGUGGGACCCCGUCAUGAACGUGCACCUGCGCGGCACCUACAAGACGACCAAGGCUGCGUGGCCCUACUUCCUCAAGCAAAAGUACGGACGCGUGCUCAACACCACCUCGACGAGCGGUAUCUACGGUAACUUUGGCCAGGCCAACUACGCGGCGGCGAAAUGCGGCAUCCUGGGCUUCUCGCGCGCCCUCGCGGCCGAAGGCGCCAAGUACAACAUCAACGUCAACACCAUUGCGCCCAACGCCGGCACCGCCAUGACCGCGACCAUUAUGCCCGAGGAGAUGGUCCAGGCUUUCAAGCCCGACUACAUUGCGCCCGUCGUCCUCGCCCUCUGCAGCGACAAGUGUCCCGACCCGACCAACGGCCUCUACGAGGUCGGCAGCGGCUGGGUCGGCAAGACGCGCUGGCAGCGCGCCGGCGGCCAUGGCUUCCCCGUCGACGUCGACCUCGUCCCCGAGGAGGUCCUCAAGCACUGGAAGGCCAUUGUCGACUUUGACAGCCCCAAGGUCGACCACCCGGAGAAGAUGCAGGACUCGCUGUCCAAGGUCAUGGCCAACAUGGAGAACAAGCGCAACAAGUCCCCUGCCUCCUCCUCCCCCUCCAGUCAGGAGCCUGCCAGCGAGCACCUCGCUGCCAUCCAGGAAGCCGUCAAGAAGGAGGGCCACCCAACCGAGUACAGCUUCACAGACCGCGACACUAUCCUCUACAACCUCGGCGUGGGCGCCAAGAGCACCGACCUCAAGUACGUCUUUGAGGGCGCCGAGGAUUUCCAGGUCCUGCCCACCUUUGGCGUCAUCCCCCCAUUCAACGCCGAGAUGCCGUUCGACUACGACACCAUUGUCCCCAACUUCAACCCCAUGAUGCUCCUCCACGGCGAGCAGUACCUCGAGGUGCGCAAGUGGCCCCUCCCCACCGCCGCUCAGCUCUCCUCCAAGGCGCGCCUGCUCGAGGUCGUCGACAAGGGCUCCGCCGCCAUCCUCAAGAGCGGCGUCACCACCACCCUCGCCGAGACGGGUGAAGAGGUCUUCUACAACGAGAUGACCGUCUUCCUCCGCGGCUGCGGCGGCUUUGGCGGACCCAAGCGCGGCGCCGACCGCGGGCCCGCCACCGCCCCCAACGCUGUCCCCAACCGCCACCCCGACGUCGUCGUCGAGGCCAAGACGAGCGAGGACCAGGCCGCCAUCUACCGGCUCAGCGGAGACUACAACCCGCUCCACGUCGACCCUGCCUUUGCCAAGAUGGGCGGCUUCAAGGCACCCAUCCUCCACGGCCUGUGCACCUUUGGCUUCGCGGGCAAGGCCGUCUACGAGCGCUUCGGCGCCUUCAAGAACAUCAAGGUGCGCUUCGCCGGGCCCGUCAUCCCCGGCCAGACGCUGGUCACCGAGAUGUGGAGGGAUGGCGGCAAGGUCACCUUCCAGGUCAAGGUCAAGGAGACGGGCAAGCCGUGCAUUGCCGGGGCGGCGGCGGAGCUCAUGGACGCCAGCCAGAGCAAGAUCUGA